AUGGACUCGGACCAUACCAUGGACGAUACCUCACCUGCGCAGUUUGCAGAGCAAAUCUCUACCGCCGAGUUCGAGCGCCAGGCGGUCGAGUACACGACACAAGAGGUGCAGCGUCUAAACACCGCUGUACGCGCACAGCCAGAGAUUGGCGCGCGCUCGGAGUUUUUCCAGCACAAGGAGAACGUGAUCAAGGGACUGCCGGUCUUUCAAGGCAAACACACGAGGUUUGUGUACGACAACGAAGAAGAGGAGAUUGUGGCGGCUGUUGACGUGACGCAAGAGGCGCUUACCAACGGACCUGUGGUGCGCACAGUCGCGGAGCUGGACGAGGAGGGAGAAGACGAGAACGAAGAAGAAGAAGACGAGGACGAGGCAGCGCAAAACACAUUCUACAGUGCAGGGCAGGAAGGUGACAUGAUGAUGGACGACCAUUACGUGAACGCUCUGAUAGAGGACGUGGAGAUGGAGAUGGCCGCAGUGGCUAUUGACGAGCAGAAUCUGAUGAACACAGCUGCUUAG